AACACGAAAAUCGAGUAGUAUACGAAAACUCCUUAGCUAGAAACUACAUCAUCGUAAGCCUGAGUGAAUCUUUUUGCUUCUGUGAGUAAGUAUGUCAACGAGUUUGGUUCUUUGCAUGCUCUUCUUUGUUUCCAUGGCAUGUAUGUAUACUUCUGCCUCGUCGUUGUCCCUAAAGGUGGGAUUUUAUCAACGGACUUGUCCCUCGGCAGAGGCAAUUGUGAGGAAUGUAGUUAACAAUGCGAUUGCAAGAAAUCCUAACUUAGGAGCUGGGCUUAUCAGGAUGCAUUUCCAUGAUUGUUUUGUUAGGGGUUGUGAUGCUUCGAUUUUACUUGAUUCAACACCGGGGAACCCAGCUGAAAAAGACAACGUAGCAAACAACCCAAGUAUGCAGGGUUAUGAUGUAAUUGACGAGGCAAAGAAACAACUUGAAGCUAGAUGCCCACAAACGGUCUCUUGUGCAGAUAUCAUAGCCUUUGCAGCACGUGACACCGCCUUCAAGCUAGGAGGGAUUAACUAUGAUGUACAAUCAGGUCGACGUGAUGGGAGAGUCUCACUUAAAAAUGACCCAAACCAAAACCUACCUGCACCUUUUUUCAACUUACAACAACUUGAAAAAAGCUUUGAACGAAAAGGCCUUUCUGUAGAGGAAAUGGUCACCCUUUCCGGGGCACACUCUAUUGGAGUCUCACAUUGUUCUUCUUUCACCAAAAGACUUUACACCUUCAAUGCUACAAACCUACAAGACCCUUCAAUGGAUCCUAGAUUUGCUAGUAUGUUGAAAUCCAAGUGUCCUAAAAAUUCUCCUAACAAUGUUGAUCAUACCGUCUUUCAAGACUUUAUCACACCUAAUAGAUUGGACAACAAGUACUAUCAAAAUCUGCAAAACAAAAGGGGAUUAUUCACCUCUGAUCAAACUCUUAUGACUAACCCUAGGAUUGUGAGUGUGGUGAAGAACUUCGGUCGGCAAGGCAAUGUUUGGGCUAAUAAGUUUGGUAAAGCUAUGGUUCAUAUGGGUUCAAUUGAAGUUCUUAGUGGCCUUGAGGGUGAAAUUAGAAAGAAUUGUAGGGUUACUAAUUGAUAGAGGGAUUAUCUUGAUUUUUUUGGAUUGGAGUGAGAUUGUUAUAGGAAUUAUUUUUUUUCUUUUAUUUCUUUUGAUUGAUUUUGAUUUGCAAGUGUAUUUAAGUUUGUUAUUUCAUUUGUAAAGUAUUAAAAAUUACAUUAAUAAAUUAUGGUUGCCUUGAAUCUUUUUGGCAAUUAUAUGUAGCAAGUUAGCAAUUACAAGUCUACAAGUAUAUUGUUAAAUUUAUUCUAAUUCUUUUAUGAUGACCACCAUUGCUAUAAAAAUGAAGCACCCAAAGUAACUCAAUUUAAGUAAGAAAUAAACAAGGCUUGGCUUUUGAUACUAGCCUUAUAGGCAAA